AAAAAAAAAAUAGUACAGAAUUAAUUAAUAAAAUCAAACAUAUGAAUGUUCCAGACACACAUACCAUCAUAUCUUUGGACGCUGUUGCCAUGUUUUCGAAUAUAGAUCCUACUUUGGUCCUUAAAUUGCUUGAGGUUAGGUGGAAUGUGAUUAAAGAGCACACAGAUCUGAAUUUUAAUCAAUUUUAUGAUGGAGUCAGUCUGUGUGUGAAUAAUGCAUAUUUUCAGUAUGAUCACGAGUAUUAUAGACAAAAGUUCGGCACUCCAAUGGGUUCUCCGAUUUCAUCAUUCUUAGCAGAAUUGGUGAUGCAACAUAUUGAAGAGGAGAUUUUAAAUGACAAAUCCUUAGAUGUCAUUUUCUAUUUCAGAUAUGUUGAUGAUACCAUUGUUUGUGUCAGGGAGGGACAUAUUCGGAGACUGGUAGAUGCUUUUAACGAGAAGGGUGGUUCCUUAAAAUUUACAGUAGAGUAUUCAAAAAAUAAAGAAAUAAAUUUUUUAGACUUAAAAUUGAUUUUUAAAAAAGGUUUUAUUGAGACUUUGAAAAAUAAUAAUAAUAACGUUAUAAAUUUUGACAGAAAAUUGAUCGAACCUUCACGCACUAUAGUAAUUCCAUAUGUGCCUGAUAUUCUCAAAUCAACCAUAAACCUAUGUAAAAAAUUAAAUAUCUCAAUAGUCUUUUCAACCCUUAUGAAACUUCAUAACAAUUUACUUCCAUCCCCUAAGGACAGAAUUCCAAAAUUCGAGAAGACCAACGUUAUAUAUAAAUUAAGUUGUAAUGAUUGUAACGGCAUAUAUAUUGGCCAGACAAUACAAGAACUAAGAAAAAGAGUUUCUGCUCAUAAACAUUCACAACUACGCAAAAAGACCAACACAGCGUUAUGUAAACACUCUACGAAUUUAAAACAUACAUUUUGCUUCGACCAAAACAGCGUUAAAAUCUUAGAUGUCGAAGGUUCUUAUAGAAACAGAAACUUUUUAGAAAUGUAUUACAUCGCAAAGGACUCAAAUUCCGUAAAUUUCCGAACUGAUAUUGACAAUCUAUCAAUAAUGUAUUUUGAUAUUAUUGGAACAUGUGAUAGAAUUUCGAACACUAAAGGACAAUAAUUCCGGUGCAUACCUAUACAUCUAUGAAAUAACCUUCAUAUUAUUUGAAGGAAUUUCUGUCACUGUGAAUCAAUCUUUAUAUAUUUUUUCUUCUACAGUUUGUGUUGUGUCAUAGACUUUACUAUUGUAUAUUUUAUGUUUUUUGAAAUUGUAUCACUGUCCUUUGUAAUGAUGAGCACAUGUGUUAUUUAUUUUGUUUAUUAUUUUUAUGUUUAUUUAUCAAUUUGGAAUGUUCUGUUGGAUUUUUAUUUAUUAUAAAAUGAAGGAAGUCUCGAUGGAUCUUGUUCAAACAAGAAUCCAGUAAAUCCGAAAAAAUUUUAUUCCAUUUUUUGACAGGUCUCGACUUUGAGGUUAUGUUGGCCUUUAAAAAACUUUUCGAAUUUAAAUUUUUUAAAAGUUUUAUAAAUUUGUAUCAUUGAACAAUGUGUCCUGAUGAGCUGUGUUCACAGUGAAAAUGCAUUCGAUGAAAUAAAGUAAUAAUUGCUGAUUUUUAACAACUUUCUCAAAUCUUUUGGACCCAAGGCCACAAUAUAAACAAUUUUACUAAUUCUUUUUCAGAAUAAUCAAGCAUAGGUGGGUAAUCUUUAUCACAGAGAUCAUCUUCACUAUUAUUCUUAUUCUACGGAAUUUCAAUUACCUCCUCCAAUUCUUUCCAAGAACUAUUUUUGAAAAUUCGAG